AUGUCUAAUUUAAGUGAUUCAAAAUCAAACCUCACCCUGUCUUUACUUCUGGCGGAUCGAGACGUGAGGACAGUUUUGUCUUUGAGCCCAUGUAUCGUUUUCCUCUAUGUCAACGGGGUCAUGCUUUACACCUUGAGGAAAAAGGCUGUUUUCCAGGAGGCGUCUCGCUAUAUUCUGUUCAGUCACAUGCUUUGGAUUGAUACGCUCAAUCUGUUCAUGAGUGUAGUGCUGUUUGCUUGUGGUGUUAGUAGGAUUAUUAUUAUGAAAAUUGUCUGUCUUUUUCUUUUGAUUGCUGCUACGGUUCUUUAUUAUGCUUCAAUCCUAAAUUUGGCUUUGAUGUCACUGGAAAGGUACGUGGCCAUCUGCGUUCCUCUCAGACAUGCAGAUUUCACCUCUUAUCGAAGAACUAACAUGGCCAUCGGUGUUGUCUGGAUGAUAAGCUGGAUUCAAUCCCUGAGUGAGAUUAUUAUCUUCUAUGCUAUUGAUACUACAAACACAGCAGUGAAUUUGUUCUGCUCAAGAACGACUCUUUACAGACUGCAGGUGUAUAAGAAUAUCGAAAUAUCCUUCACGUGUAUAUUUUUUGUGUCUGUGUCUUUUGUUGUAAUCUUUACUUAUGUCUCUAUAGCUAUUGUGGCUAAAUCGGCCUCUUCUGAUAAGUUGUCAGCUAAAAAAGCCAAUAAGACUGUACUGUUACAUCUAAUACAACUGGGUCUGUGUGCUGCAUCUAUUUUAGUUGGAGUUAUACAAGAGCUUGUUUAUGUUCAUGCCGACCUUUUAUCUGCAAUGUAUGUAAUGUAUACUUGCUUUGUAGUGUUUCAAAUUUUUCCAAGAUGUCUAAGUCCUCUUAUAUAUGGCCUGAGAGACCAAGCGUUUAGCAGCUUAUUUAAAUACUACUUCACAUUUGGUCUCAAAAAGCAAAACAGUUGUCAUACAGAGACAAAUUUAGUGACAGCACAUUAA